GAGGUAUAAGGGCCCCCUGCACCACAGCCUCACGACCUCGUAACAGAAGAAUCAGUGUCCUGAGGUUAACAUGCGAUUUGUCUUUGUGUUACUUGAAGAACAUAAGCAAAAAAAGAAUAACGCAGGACCUCAAUAUACCACGUGGACAAGUUUACAGUUCUCUGAAGCUAAAAUCUCAUUUUGACGCACAACAGAAUGUCAUUUAUGGAGCCCUUCCGCAUUAAGAUGGUGGAGCCAUUGCCGAAUCCAACCAGAGAAGAACGCUUGAAAAUUCUACAUGAAAGCGGCUACAAUCCGUUCCAGAUCAAAGACAAGUAUGUUAUCUUUGACCUUUGGAGUGAUUCCGGCAUGGCUUCAAUGAGCCAACACCAGUGGGCUGCCAUGGUGGAUACAAGCGAAGGUUGCAUCAAUCCCGAGAGCUUUGACACUUUUGUUGAUAGCAUCAAACGUUUAACUGGAUUUCCAUACAUUCUUCCCGUUCACCAAGGCAGAGCAGCAGAACAUAUUCUCUUCUCAGUCCUAGCUAGGCCAGGUCUCACUGUAUUCAGUAACACAAUGUAUAUCACAGGGCGUACAAAUGCUGAACUUAGUGGAGCGAUAGUGGUAGAUGUUCCUUGCAAACAAGUUGUAGGUGGAAACUUCAAUGGAGAUCUUGACUGUGCACGGUUACAGGAAGAGCUCAGAGAGGUGGAUGCAGGCAAGGCUAUUGUCAUCUUGACCCUAACCAGCAACAAUCAAGCAGGACAGCCAGUAUCCAUGGCAAACAUCAAACAUGUUUCUGAAAUCUGCAAGAUGCAUGAUACCCCUCUGUUUAUGGAUGGAUGUCGUUUUGCAGAAAAUGCAUAUUUCAUCAAAACACGAAACAAAGUGUAUCAAGGUGUUCCCGCAAGAGAUAUAGCUCUGGAAAUGUUCUCCUACUUUGAUGGAAUGUACAUGUCUGCUAAAAAGGAUGGAUUGUGUAACAUUGGUGGCUUUUUCGCCACUCGACUCUCUGAUAUAUACGGAAAAUUCAAAAGACGAAUGAUCUACAUUGAAGGCAAUUCCAACCAUGGUGGGAUAUCUAGCCGGGAUAUGGAAGCUGUAGCCAGAGGCCUCAGGGAAGGAACGGAUGACGGGUAUCUGAAGUACAGAAUCGAAAGUUUGUCCACGUUUGGAGACAUCUUGAAGAAGGCCGGCGUCCCAUUAGUUGAGCCAGUAGGAAGUGCCAUCUACAUUAACGCUGCUAAAUGUUUACCCCACAUUCCCACAGCACAGUAUCCAGCUUGGGCCCUGCACUGUGCCCUGUAUGUAGAAGGUGGCAUACGAUGUAAACAUCUCCAUGAUGUCUUGAAAGUCGAUGAUACCAACGAACGGGAGAAUCCCAAGCAACAGCACUUUAUCCGACUAAGCUUACCAAGGAGAAUGUACACCUUGUCUCAUCUCAUACAUAUAGGAGAUGUAUUCAAGAACAUUUUGGGGGAAAGGAGGAGUAUUUCAGGUGUGCUCAUCAAGUGCCCUUCUGAGCAUUAUUUCGCGGCUAUCAUGGAGCCAGUGAGGAAAUGCUAGAUUUGUCUUCCGCUUUCCACUCGCUGAUUUAAAUAUAAUGAUUUACAAGAAGCAAAGGGACUGGAGGACAUGCUACUUUAGAUUGCAUCUCCCUGGUAUUUAAUUCAGUAUGUAUACAUACAAUACUGAGUGUGUCUGUGAGAUAGAGAGAGGAGAGAAAGAUGCAUUGUUCAGAGAACAGUUCUUUACACAUAUAUAAUGUUAGGCUGUCUUACAUAUAUUAUCUCAUUAUCAUUAUCUGUAAAAACAUGUUAUGCCGUGUAACAGAAGAUUCACACCACCAUGUAUGUUGUGAACAAUAUUUUAAAGGCUGUUAAUCAUAGAUACACACUGGUGACUAAACAAUAUUCAUUUAAUGGGAUAAACACGUACAUGUAUGGUGUUCUUUUAUACCAAUUCCAUAUAAAUCAUAAUUUGAUUGACUGCACAUGUAUCCGCAGUUUUGUAUGUAAGAUAUUAUAGUGUAGUUAUUCAAGUACGUGGGUGACGUAGGGGGUACUUUUGUAAAGAACAGAAAAUCGUAGAAUUUUGGUCUGAUAAUGGAAAAUAAGAACAGCACUUGUAUUUUCAGAGUUUCUUAAGAGUUAUUGUAGCAACAGUGUUUGGUAGAAUAUCUGCCAGAUAGGAAUUUGUUUUGAAGAAAAGACAAAGUUAAUGUUUCUUUCUAAGCUCAACUAAAGGUUCUCACCCGGUUUCUCAAUAAAAAUGCUGCCUGGAGCAUAUUGAGGUAGGCUAGUUACAAUGUGUGCAGCUUCUAAUUGUAAUUUUCUAAUAUUCCACGUUGUUCUUCAAGGCAACCAUCCCAUACCUCACAUAUGUAUUCAAAGCAUGCUCUGAGUUUUCUCAUUGAGUAAUUCAUCUUGGAAGUUGUUUUUAUUAUGAUAUCCAUAUGAAAUAAAGCAACAAUACCCUUUCUAUAUCCAAUAGAAAUAUCUGCAUAACGUAGAGUCGCUUUAGGAGCUAAACCUACUGUGUUUUGAAAUUUGAUGUAGUCCCACUGUAGAGUAGAUACCUCUUAGUUUAAUUUGGAACUGAGCACUUCAGCGCGAGGUUUCAAGUGUAUAGUGAGUGAGUAUGGUUUUACGCCGCUUUUAGCAAUAUUC